CAUCGUAAGCCGGAGUACGCUGCAAUUCUAGGUUGUUCUUUCGCCGGUGAAAUGUUGCAGCCCGUCAGUUGGAUUACAUCAGCCAGUGAGCGCCUAAAGAGAUUUCCUUCUGGGUAGUGUUAUGUUUCGUAUCAGUCGUUAUUCGGCGUCUCAAGGAAUGAGAACAGCGGCUAAAUAUCGGACAGUGACUUUAUAAAACAAGUGAUAAUAGGAAAUCUAUUGCAUGGCAGAUUAUGAGCGUACUGAAAAGCGUUAUCAUCACUCUGCCUAAGGGCAUGUCAAAAGUACCUGGCGUUAUUUCGAUUAACGACUUACCAAAAACCGUGCCGAAAUUCAAUUUUACAUCUGCUUUGAAUGAUAAAUUGAAGAUGGAACCGAAGAAGAUGAUUAAGCACGAUGAAAUUCAGGAUGUUUGUGUCCGUGGAAAGAAACGACGGCUGGACCAUCUAACCUGGGAAGAAAAAUUGCAAAGAAAGAAAUUAAAAAACAGGGUAGCGGCUCAAACGUCUCGGGACCGGAAGAAAGCUAAACUCGACGAGUUGGAAGACACUGUUAGGACCUUAAGGGAACAAAAUGAAUUGUUAUCACAGGAAUGUGCUAUGCUGAGGUCGCAGAACGAGUUGUUGGUCACUGAAACAAAAAGGAUAAGGAAGGAGAAAGAAGGAAAAAAAUCGGAAGAAUUCGUUUGCUCCAUGUGCCAGAGUCGUGUCGGCUGUGCUGUAUCCUCGCUGGGAUCUGCAGUAUCCCCCUCUCACCCUCUGCAGCAGGGUGGAACAACACAGCUGACCGUCACUGACGCUAACCCCAGGAGCAGCAAUUCUUCUGAAGAUACUGACCAUCUACCUCCUCUUGAAGAACUGUUUGGCGACCUCCAAGGAGACGAUUACAUCGAACGACUUGAAGAACUUGCAGAAAGUCUUCUGCGAGAAGUUACCGCCGAAGUGGAAGCAAAUUCUAAUAGAACAAAUGAACAAGUGUCAGUCAAGGAAGAUACCGGUGAGAAACGUGACAAUUCAAAAGGAAUGGUGGGGCAGGCAUCAAAAGAUGUGGAAGCCAGUAGAACCUGUAGAAGCCUAACUACGCAUCAAUCAUGGCAUCCUGUUUCUAGCACAGACAGCGCACAUUUUACUACAAACAUAACGGCACCAGUACCGGUGAAAUCAGAAGUCGAAGUUAAACAGGAACUUGAUACGCAUGAUUUGGACACAAUUUAUGGCACCUACGACGAAGCCACAAAUUCUGUAACAAUUAUUUAUCCCGGAGACGAAAGUAACGUGAGCAUUCAAGAGUGCGUUCAAGAAGUAGUCACGGACGGUGUUAAUUCGGUGGAGGUUUCGUCGCAUCUGCCACCAAAUCGUUAUUCCAAUCAGUUGUCGCCGUCUUACACAAGCAUGGAUUCAAUGUCUCCGUCAAGUAUACAUUCCGAAGAUAUGGACACUAGUGUUGCGGUGGAUACUAGUGUCGCAUUAGAUUCUAACGCAUCCGACUGCGGCUACGAAUCGCAUGGCUCUCCAAAUCCCGAUACGCGUAAUGAAAAAUCAAACUUAAACUUAACAGAUCUCUGGCACGAAAGUUUUACAGAAUUAUUUCCUACGUUAGCUUGACAGUAGAAGUAAGGAAGAUAUAUUGUGUCUGUGAUAAUGCGUAACCAUGAUACGAGACGUACUUCGAGCGUCGUUUGAUUUCCGGUUUUAUUCAUUCUGAGCUUAUUUUAAGAUGAGCAGUAUAGCACUAAUCGUGAUGAAGUACUACUCACGAAUUUUUUUACGAGCUGGUAGCACGUGUUAUGUGUACAAUUGUAUACGUAUUUUUAUAUACGCAUUUCUAUACUUAAAUUUCUUUUAAAAAAUAAUUCUCACUAUUUAUAAACAAUUUUUUUAAACGCAUGAUUCGAAUAGUGGAAUGUUAAUGUAUAUAAUAUGUAUUAAAUGUUUAUCAGAAACAAACAGAGGACUGCUGUGCGAUGCAACAGUAUGCCAAAUAAAUGAUAUGUCUAAGACGA